AUGCAGGGUCUAAUCACUAGACGAAAUUGGUGGUCCGCGUUCACCUUCGGUUGGGUCGGAGAUCUUCUGAAGAAAGGCAACACAAGAACAAUAUGCAACAAAGACCUGGGUGAUCUUGGUGAAAAAGAACGAGCAAGAAACCUCACAAAGAAGCUUGAAACACAGUGGGAUUGUGAGAAACAGCGGGAAAACCCGCGGUUAUGGAAGGCGCUAUCACGGCUUACCUCUCCUUGCGAGUAUGCAUUCUUCUGCUUCACUGGUUGUACUGAGUCGCUGUGUCGAAUAUCACAGCCGAUAUACUUGGCCAUGUUCCUCCAGUCGCUAUCACGCAUGUCUGCCAAUGACAACCGCUGGCAAGGGAUGCAGUGGGCACUGAUAUAUUUGUUCGUCAUGUGCGUGAAUUCGUUUGUCAUGAGCUGGGCGACACAGCAAUAUCUCUUCGCCGCCAGUCACAUGGGCAUGAUUCUGCGCGUGGCGGUAACUGGGAUAUUAUACAAAAAGGUGCUUUCCAUGAACCAGAAACAAAUUGGCAAUGUCACCACUGGUCACGUGAUUAACCUGUUAUCCAAUGACUCGAGAAGGUUUGAUCUUGUAUGCAAAUACUUGAUCUACGUCAUUCUUGCCCCAUUGGAAAUACUUGCGGUUGCCAUGGUAAUGUGGCAUAUGUUUGGCGUAGCCUCGCUUGCCGGACUGCCUUUUAUGGGGUUUGUGAUACCACUUGCGUUAAUGCUUGGGAAACUCAGCGGAAAGCUAAGAAGAUGCACCGCUGAACAAACAGACUCAAGGCUCAGCUUUAUAAGUGAGGUGAUUUCAGGAAUUCUAUUGGCUAAAAUGAACGUCUGGGAGGAGCCUAUUUUGACGGAGAUUGACAAGCGUAGAAGGCAAGAAAUGCGCUAUGUACGCCAGACAAGCUGCAUCUGCGUCAUACUCGAGCAAAUGUACAAGUUCUCGUUGAUCUUCAGUAACUGCAUCAGCCUCGUUACCAUGGUGUGGGUGGGCGUGUCUCUUACACCUGUCAACGUCUUCACAAUCUUAUCCUUCUACGUAAGCUUGCGGCAAUCAGUCACGUAUUACUGCUUACUUGCCAUACGCAUGCUCUUUGAGUGCGCGGCUUCUUUGCGUAGGAUCGAGCAGUUGUUGGAUCACGGUGUAGACUCCUUUGUCGACAAACAUGAUCAAUAUAGAUUGAAAGUCAUAGAAACUUUGAACUCUGCGUUUUCUCUUGAGGACAAACCAGCCUCGCUGGAUUCACGAUCCGACUGUGCGGGUAUUGAAUUUGUCGAUGUUAGCUCUUCUUGGGGGAUUUCACCCAAGAGUUCUUUGUCUCGGUUGAGCUUUAGGAUCAACCAAGGUGGGUUAUUGGCUGUGACUGGUCCAAUUGGUAGCGGCAAGUCCACACUUCUCCUCACAAUACUCCACGAACUUCCAAAACACAGGGGUCAAAUAUGGAGAUCUGGGCAUGUGUCGUAUUGUCCGCAGAAUCCUUGGAUCUUCACUGGAACGAUACGGGAAAAUAUCACUUUUGGCUUGAAGUUUGACUCUCUGUUUUAUAAACAAGUAGUUGACGCAUGCGCUUUAGAACACGACUUUAGGUUUCUGCCUGAAAGGGACUUGACUGUUAUCGGAGCCCGCGGUAUGACCCUGAGCGGUGGUCAGUGCUCGCGCAUCAGCUUGGCACGCGCAGUGUACUCUCGCGCAAGUGUAAUUUUGCUGGACGACCCUUUAAGUAGGGUUGACGCUGCGGUUGGGCGCCAUGUCUUUGAUAGAUGUAUACUGAAGCUUUUAGGGCAAACCACCAGAGUUGUGGUCACACACCAUUUGAAGUGCUUGAAGGCGGCUAAUCACGUGAUUGUAAUGGAGGACGGGAUGAUUCGUGAGCAGGGAAAGAUGGAGGAGCUUAAAUGCCCCCAACUUGAACACUGGGUGACUGAAGACCACGAAGUGACCGAGAAACAAGAGAUGACUUCGGGUCAUCUAGAGCAAUAUGACGUUUCGCAUGAACACCCCAAACAGUACGCGGAUGAGGAUGACGUCAGUGCAGCCUCCGUCUCAUGGAGAACCUACUCACGAUAUUUCCUGGCUGGUUUGCCUGUGGUGGGCUUGAUCGUACUGGCUGCUUUAAUCGCUCUGACUCAGGUCUCCUAUAUCUUGACGGACUGGUGGCUGUCACGGUGGGCUAACCUCCGUUUAGCGGAUCAAAAAAAGAUCGAGCCAAUCGCGAUAUACGGUGCUCUGAUCGCGAUCACAAUCCUGCUUGCUGUUGGUCACACCGUCAUGUUCUUCGUUGUCGUCCUGAAUGCCUCGCAGACCCUCCACACGAAGAUGGCGAAUGCCGUUCUUCGGGUCGCCAUGAACUUCUUCCAUGAAAAUCCCACCGGUCGAAUACUGAAUAGAUUCUCAAGGGAUAUCGGUAUCAUGGACGAAGAGCUGCCAAGGCUCAUGUUAGAUGGUAUACACCAUACCACGUUCGUAAUUGGUGUCGUUAUUUUGUCAUUAACCGCGAACUAUAUGGUUUUGAUAGCGGGUGUACCGCUGGGGUUAGUAUUUGGUCUCCUAAGUAGGUAUUAUCUAAAGACGUCGAUGGAGGUGAGUCGACUUGAGGCUGUGAAUAGAAGUCCAGUGUACUCGCACUUCUCCGCUACUUUGCAGGGUCUUGUGACCAUCCGCACAAUGAAGAUGCAGCGGCGAUUCCAAGAAACGCUUUUCAGAUACCAAGAUGACCAUAGCCGCGCGUGGUUGCUGUUGCUGGGAUGUUCUCGAUGGCUAGCACUAAGACUUGAAUUCCUGUGUGUGCUGUACGUGGCAGCCAUUGGAACCGGAUCUGUGUUGCUCUCGACAGACCCAGCACUGGCAGGUCUCGCCCUUACCUACGCUAUUCAGCUUGGCGGUAUCGUGCAGUGGGCGGUCCGUGAAUUCACCAUGACACAGAACCAUAUGAUAUCCGUGCAACGCGUCUUAUCCUACACCAGCCUGCCGAGUGAGCCUGGGCAUGAAAGCAAAGGAACUCCACCACGUGACUGGCCUUCCAAAGGAGCCAUUCGAUUGGAAGAUUUAUCAUUGCGGUACAAAGGAAGCACAUCAUUUGCAUUGAGUGAUAUCAAUAUUGAAGUUCCCGCAAAUGGCAAGGUCGGGAUUGUAGGUAGAACUGGCGCGGGAAAAACCUCAAUUCUGAACGCGCUUAUGCAAAUAGAAGAAAUUCAAGGAAGAAUUGUCGUUGACGGGAUAAAUACUCGCAACAUUAACAUCUUCAAGGCGCGAAGCUGUAUAUCGGUGAUACCGCAAAACCCAGUGGUAUUCAGUGGCUCUUUAAGGCGAAACCUUGACUUCUUCAACAGGCUGACAGACGAGGAGAUCUGGCAAGCGCUGAGUGUGCUACAACUCGACAGCUUUGUGAAAGAGCUACCAGGAAAGCUUCAGUUCCAUUUAGCUGAGUCCGGAAGCAAUCUGAGCUGUGGUCAGCGACAAUUAAUAGGCCUGAUGCGCGCGUUUCUGACGCGUAAUAAGAUUGUUAUUAUUGACGAGGCGACAGCUAAUGUGGAUAUGCAUACUGAGCGGGUCAUACAGGGGGCGAUCAAGCACGCAUUUCAGGACUGCACUCUGAUAGUCAUCGCGCACCGCAUCCAUACGGUGCUAGAGUGUGAUAAAGUGCUAGUCAUGGAUAGCGGACGAGUAGUCGAGAGCGAGCCACCACGUGACCUACUAGAUGCGCCAGAUACUCUGUUUUCCAAUCUGUAUAAUCUUAGUUGCCAUGGAAAGUGAAAGACGGAGGAAGUCAUCAAGACCCACGCACUCUCUCCCAUAAGGUCUUUUCAAAAGAGCAAAGCAACAUCAAAGAUAAGCCAAAUAAAUCAGACAGCUAACUUUUCAUUCACAUCUUAGAGUUCAAGCACAGCAGAAUACACAAAAGGUCGCCUGCUAUCCUUAAUAAUUCCGCUGUCUUCAGCUAUAGGGAUGGUAGAGUCUUUCUCAUACAUUUCAUCAUAGCCUAGGUCGCCAGGUUUGCGAUCGCUCACCAGGGUCUAGUCCUCUAGUUAUGUUUAUCCUUGCCCCUGGGUAAUGAGAGGGGUGGACCUUGGCGCGCGAGGCUGGGAAUGAGUUUGCCGCAUAUGCCGAAUGCGAGGGGAGAGAUCUGAAUCGUGAGAUGCUCUCCCUCCUAUUCUCUUUUCCCAGGCCCC